AUGGCGCUCAACGCAAUUACCAUCUACAGCCAUCCAGAGCCCACCAAGGAGUCGAAACUAUCAGAAUUGGUCUCCGAGCCCGAUGAAGGCACUCAGGAGUCAUCCUCGAAACCGCUUGUUCGAAUUUCGAACAGGUUUGUGUCAGCAAAGGGAGAGUACGACGAGUUUGGGCGACUUACCGGAACCUCUGAUGCUCUUAUCGAUGAAAGCACGAAAAGGAAGGGGCCAGGAGCGGGUAUUGGCGAUUGGUACUCGUCGCUGCAGCGCACACAGACGCCAACGAGUCAUACCCCAUCAUCGCGGUCGCAAACCCCUAGCAUGGGUCACUCGAGACCUACUAAGUCCACUCCUUCGAUCAAUAAUGCGCCUGCAAGGACAAACUGGUUCAAACCACAAGCACCUCAACCCCAAACGAUGUCAACAGCAGACUCGCUCGCGGAUAUGCUCAAGCGAGAUCCACCAAACUCACAAAAUCCUCUCGUUCCACCAGUCUAUUAUGCUCUCGGACCGCAGAAUCGCGGGUAUGAGAUGCUGACCAAAGGUGGUUGGGAAGAAGGACAACCGCUCGGUCCGACGAGUAAACGAACCCAGCCACCAGUCCCAAUCUCCUCAAGUAUGAAACAGGAAAAGUGGGCGACACUCACUGGAAAUAUGCCCAAGCUGGUUGUACGCGACGAGCAAGAUGGGUCUGCUCGGCUUGUGGACCUCGCAAAGCCAGAAAAUGACGAUGAUGAAGAUGAAGAAUCAGACACCUCGGAUGAAGAGCAAGGCGAUGGGUUAUUCUCCAUGGGCGAUGUUAGUCAACCGGGGAGCAGUGUCACGGUGCAGGCAGGGAGAUCGAAAGAUUCAGCAAUCCUUACCCCUAUUCCUGUUGUUCUCAAGAAUGACCGCGCAGGACUCGGUCUUAGCAAGAAGAAGCGGCUCGUCACACACUCGUCGCUCGCCUUGCAACACCAUAUUCAGCAAGGCAAACUAGAACGACGACACCAUGCCACGGAGAUGAGACAAAUGGAAAGAGACUAUAUGCGGGGCGUAUAUGGAAGAGGCAAGCGCGCCUACGCCCGCAAGGCUGCGGCCGAACAGGAAAAACGAAAACGUCUACGAGAGUUAAUGAACUCGUAG